GCAGUUUUUUAUAAAUUUCAUUGUAGAGAGGUUUUGAAUUUGGAUUUGACUAAACAAUAGUUUCAAGAACUGCCCUUUUUUGGUUCAUUUCCGCCAUUAUAGGUCGAAGGUCAAAAAAUUUUUUCCAAAAAGUAUCUUAUGACUUACUUUAUUUUUUAGCAAUUUUUAUGCUGAAUCAGAAAAACCUAUAGCUAUUGACAUGGGGUAAAAAUAAAGUGUUAAAAAGCUAAUAGUACAUUUACAUCUGUGUCUGAAGUAGCUUUUUUUACAAAACAAUUUGAUGAAGUAUUUCCGUUUCGAAGUAUUAGAUGGUGAAGUUAUUGCAAAAUCGAAAUCAAAAAGAAGGAGGACUUCGAGUGUUUCGGUUUUUAGUGAUAAAUGUAUCAUUUGUGCCUGUGCUAAGCAUAAAAGGGAACUUCAAUAGAUUUAGAAUUUGCGAAACAAGUCGAGUGAAAUUAUUUCUUUCUUCCAUACGAUUCAAUAAGGACGAUGUAUUCACAAGAUGUUCGUUUUUUGGAUACACCUGGAGACGUCUUUCCAGCUGAUGUCAUGUGCCAUUAAGAUUGUAUAGAUCUGUACUUGAUGCGUUUUCGCAGAGACGUGCAAAUCAUAUUAAAAGAGAGUCAAGAUUCAUGCAACAGUGUAGAAGUUAAAGAUUUUUCUAUUGCCUUAGUUAAGGAUCUGGAUAUUGAAAAGAAAGCCCAUGAACUUAACCAAUGACACUAAUUCUGUGAAUAAAGAACUUAGAAACAACAACAAACAGGGUCAGUCCUAACUGAUUAAAACAAAAAGACUACUGAUCAUUUUGGUGACCGUGUGUUUUUUCUAUCCAAAAGACAGAUCGAAUCUGUCACUAAGUAUUGGUAAAUCUUACAGUAUGGCAGACACCAAAGCGCAGUAUAGUAAAAAAAUUUGGAAUAGCAGAAAAUGUUAAUAUAUGAUGUUAACAGAUUUACCAUAUUGUUUUUUGUUUGAUGAAACUACAAGUAAUCAAGUGAAGAAGCAAUAUGAAGCAUACUUACCCCAUUGGUCUAACCGCCAUGAUAAGGCACAAAUAAACAAACAACACAUGGCAGAAAAGAAAGAUAGAAGUAGCGUGGAAUGUUUUGAAGAACGCAGAUACUUAGCACCAUCAGAGGUGUUGCAGUAUCAAUGCAAUCGCAUGCAACCACAGGUGGGGACUUACUUCCACGUGAACACAUUCAACUCGUCUGUUGCUGUGCAAGACGACCAUGUUAAGAAAAGUUUACAUGAUCUGUCAAAACUCCAUUUCUUUUUACAUGCAAGAAUUGACGUAGACGAGGAAGGUAACCCGUACUUUUGUAAGAUAGAGAAUGAUUUAAACAGCGAUUCUGAUUGGAUAAAUUUUAGAUGUUUAACUUUAAAGGCAACAUCUGAAUGGCCUGCUGUUGUUAGUGAAGAGUUUACGACACACUUAGAUUUCGUUCACGGACCGUUGUGGCGUGCCGUAUGGGUCACAUGUCCAAGCAAUGAGUUUGACCAGUUCGUGUAUAUGUUAAUAUUUAUCUGUUCUCAUUGUAUCAUUGAUGCUAUGUCUGCCACAGACCUUUUUGCUAACCAAUUUAUACCUAUUUUAAACCAGUACAUUACUGACCAACCAUCACCAAGUGAAAGACCAAUAAAAUUUCCGAAAUCGCAAGAAGAAAUAUUCAAUAAUCACGAAGCUAAAAAAUUUGAUAAAUACACCACACCGUGGUAUCUCAGAUGCAUGUUGGAUGCAGUGUUGUGGUUUGGUGAUGUCACUGAUCGCCUGAACAAAAGUCCUGAUAUGAAAGUCGUACAGGAGAAACAAGAUUUCAAGUCGCCAUACUAUUUUCCAUUUAAAAUUGAUCCGCAAGCCUCCAUUAAACUGCAAGAACUGUGCAAAACACACUCAGUCUCUGUACAUAGUGUUUUGACGAUUCUUUUGACAUAUGCUUUCAAAAUGCUGGAAAAAGAUUACCCAUUAUUUCGUGCCACUUGUAAAAAAGUUAUUUUUCCAAUCAAUAUGCGAAAAUUUAACGAAAAUCUAUCGACAUCGCCCAUGCCUCUUGGUCAAUACAUCAGUUCGGGCGCAGUCAAAGCGCAACUGAUAGAUCCUCGGAACAAAGCUGAAUUCUUCCAGUAUGCUCAAAAAGUUACGAAGCAGUUAAAAGAUAAAAAUGAUAUCAAUAAGCAAGCUGAUAUCGUUUCUAUGCUUACAUAUUUGCUUAAAAAGGGAAGACUAAUGGACGUUCAAAUGAUGUUUUUAAGUAACGCAAUCCAUUUAAGCAAUAUUGGCAAUUGUAAUGCGUUCAUCCGACAAAAUCCUGACUGUAAGAUCCAGUUAACUGAGCAAUAUUUUUCUGUAGCUCUCAAUGCUUAUGGCGUAUUUGUUACAACGUCUACGCUGAAUAAGCAAAUGUUUUUCUGCAUUGGUUUUGCUGCAGGAUGGUUGACUGAUGACUUUGCUGAGGUGUUGUCUCGAAACUUUCUCGCAUGUGUUGAGGACUUAGUCGCGUCGUAGACCAAACUUUGCAGCAGACAUUCUACAAUAAUGAAUAGAGGUGGUAAAGGUACUCUAUUCCUUAAGAAUAUUUUUUACAGCUACGGAACAAUAUUAGUUCUCUUUCAAUUUUGUUUGAUUAGGCAAAUUUUCUUAUGAAUAUCUGUGAUUUUAAUCUGAUUAAGGAUGUUUCAUUACAGGCCAUUCUCGUGGUAUCCUUCGAAAUCACAGUACUAAAUCUAGUUACUUUCUAAGUUGAGUUUUCUAAUCAGAAAAGGGAUAGCCUUGAAAUCCAUCAUGCAUUUAACGAAGAAAGUCACGCUAUAAUAACAUUCUAUAUGUACGCUGUGAAUAGAUUUAGCGUAUACUAGUCUAAUAAAUCAUUUUAAACCUUGUCCACACUAUGCAAUCAGUGUUAAUGGAGGAGACGAAGUGUGUACUUUUUGCGCCUAAUUUCUGUACUAAAUUUUGCACACUUACCAAAUUGGGGGAAGUUAUCCACCAAUAAAUAUUUUCUACAUAUAUUUUCUUAGCGUUUAUAGUAUAUUUAAACAAAUAAUGUUAGAUUCUAGCUCGGUAUAAUUUUCACGAAUAAAAAAUAAAUCUCAUCCUAUCCCAUUAUGUUUCGAAAUUUACGAGAAUUGCGAUGUCGCCCAUAGCGACAUAAUACGAGACAAUGUGCAUGAAAUAACACGUUAACCAUGAAUCAUAUUGAUGCUUGUAAAGUAGUUAGUGUGAACAGGGCUUGACCUGCCACUGUAGUACAGUUGUACGCAUUGGGCUAGCAUUUCUGAUAUUUAAGAAUUUCUAUGCAUUUUUUUUAAAAAAAUUAUUUUAAAUUUUAUUAUUAUAUUUUUAGUGUUAAUUUUUAUUAAAUUUUACAUUUCCAUAAUUUUGUCCUAUAGAUAUUAUAUUCUUGUUAUCUAUAGAGUUAUUGUCGAAAUAUUUGUCUGUUGUAAAUUA